AUGGCGACAGGAGCGAACGCUACGCCGCUGGACUUCCCCAGUAAGAAGCGGAAGAGGAGCCGCUGGAACCAAGACACAAUGGAACAGAAGACGGUGAUUCCAGGAAUGCCUACAGUCAUCCCCCCUGGACUUACUCGGGAACAAGAAAGAGCUUAUAUAGUGCAACUGCAGAUAGAAGACCUGACUCGUAAACUGCGCACAGGAGACCUGGGCAUCCCCCCUAACCCUGAGGACAGGUCUCCUUCCCCUGAGCCCAUCUACAAUAGUGAGGGGAAGAGGCUUAACACUCGUGAGUUCCGUACCCGCAAGAAACUUGAGGAGGAACGGCACAAUCUCAUCACCGAAAUGGUUGCCCUCAACCCUGAUUUCAAGCCACCUGCAGAUUACAAACCUCCAGCAACACGUGUGAGUGAUAAAGUAAUGAUCCCACAAGAUGAGUAUCCAGAAAUCAAUUUUGUGGGGCUGCUGAUUGGGCCAAGAGGGAACACCUUGAAGAACAUAGAGAAGGAGUGUAAUGCCAAGAUCAUGAUCCGGGGGAAGGGUUCUGUGAAAGAAGGAAAAGUUGGGCGUAAAGAUGGCCAGAUGCUGCCAGGAGAAGAUGAGCCGCUUCACGCCCUGGUCACUGCCAAUACCAUGGAGAAUGUGAAGAAAGCCGUAGAACAGAUAAGAAACAUCCUGAAGCAGGGUAUAGAGACCCCUGAGGACCAGAACGACCUACGGAAGAUGCAACUUCGAGAGUUGGCUCGCUUGAAUGGAACCCUUCGGGAAGAUGAUAACAGGAUCUUAAGACCCUGGCAGAGCUCUGAGACCCGCAGCAUUACCAAUACCACAGUGUGUACCAAGUGUGGAGGGGCUGGCCACAUUGCUUCCGAUUGCAAGUUCCAAAGGCCUGGUGACCCUCAGUCAGCUCAGGAUAAAGCACGGAUGGAUAAAGAGUACCUGUCCCUCAUGGCUGAACUGGGGGAGGCCCCUGUGCCCGCAUCUGUGGGCUCCACAUCUGGGCCUGCCACCACACCACUGGCCAGUGCACCUCGGCCUGCUGCUCCUGCCAACAACCCACCUCCACCGUCUCUCAUGUCCACUACCCAGAGCCGCCCACCCUGGAUGAAUUCUGGGCCAUCAGAGAGUCGGCCCUACCAUGGCAUGCACGGAGGUGGCCCUGGUGGGCCUGGAGGUGGCCCCCACAGCUUCCCACACCCGCUACCCAGCCUCACAGGUGGGCAUGGUGGACAUCCCAUGCAGCACAACCCUAAUGGACCCCCGCCCCCCUGGAUGCAGCCGCCGCCACCACCGAUGAACCAGGGCCCCCACCCACCUGGGCACCAUGGCCCUCCUCCAAUGGAUCAGUACCUGGGAAGUACGCCUGUGGGCUCUGGGGUCUAUCGCCUGCAUCAAGGAAAAGGUAUGAUGCCGCCGCCACCUAUGGGCAUGAUGCCGCCGCCGCCGCCGCCUCCCAGUGGGCAGCCUCCGCCCCCUCCCUCUGGUCCUCUUCCCCCAUGGCAACAGCAGCAGCAGCAGCCUCCGCCACCCCCUCCGCCCAGCAGCAGUAUGGCUUCCAGUACCCCCUUGCCAUGGCAGCAAAAUACGACGACUACCACCACGAGCGCUGGCACAGGGUCCAUCCCGCCAUGGCAACAGCAGCAGGCGGCUGCCGCAGCUUCUCCAGGAGCCCCUCAGAUGCAAGGCAACCCCACUAUGGUGCCCCUGCCCCCAGGGGUCCAGCCGCCUCUGCCGCCCGGGGCCCCUCCCCCUCCGCCGCCUCCGCCGCCUGGUUCCGCCGGCAUGAUGUAUGCCCCGCCCCCUCCUCCUCCGCCUCCCAUGGACCCUUCUAACUUUGUCACCAUGAUGGGCAUGGGGGUGGCGGGCAUGCCACCCUUCGGGAUGCCUCCAGCUCCCCCACCGCCUCCACCACAGAACUAG